AUGAAUUUUCGGGAUUGGUUCGUCUUUUAUUCGGUAUUUGUGUUCGGCUUUAUCUCAAUCCUCUCGAAUAUUGGCGCGUUGAUAGUGGUGAAGCGGAAUCAGCACCUCUCCUUCCUCGUGGCCACCUAUCUUUGUAUGGAACAUUUGGCACGGAUUGGCCAGUCGCUCAUCUUAUUCUAUCCGGGCGCAUGCACGUUUAUAAGGACGGAUGCCGAGCCGAACUUAUAUGCCCGCGUGAGCGAUCAGGAACCAUAUGGCUAUUACAUUUAUCGGAAACACCGUAGUAUCUGCGAAGCCCAGGGACAGUUUGGAGCGCAGCUGAACUUGGCGCUUGGUAUCAUUUUCCUUUGUACUCAGCACGCUAUUGAAAUAGUGCAACUCGGUGUCUCGAUUAAUCGUCUGGCGGCUCUGGCUUUUGAAGGACGCUACUCAGAGUUGGUGAGCUCCACGAAGCUGCAUCAGCUAUUGGCGGUGUGGACGAUACCAGUCACCGCCAUUUAUUAUAUGACGAUGGAAUUGAUCGUGUUCUUCGAGGCUCACAGCUACGCCCUGAUCACAUCAGAAUAUGGAGCAAAUAUCCUCCGGGACAUGAUGUUCAAGCUUCGCAUGUUAGCAAAUUGUCUCACGUUGGGCGCCCUAUUUUCCGAUAUCGUGACAUUUUUCUUGAUACGACAGCAUCUGAAGAAAAAUCUCGCCACCUCAAGGCAUGACCCCGGCAAAAGUCGUGCCGAUCAUAAGCUGGCCAAGCAGAUGAUCGUUAACCACACCUAUUCGCUGGCCGUCACAGCCGUCAACUUCUAUGUCGCCUUCCUAUUCCAAGGACAGAUCGACUCGCUGUACAUUGAGCAUAUGACGGAGGAGGAUUUUGAACGACAAGCCGCGGAAGGGAG